AUGAAUGACAAUAAUGAAAUAAGUAUAAAAAACUACUUUGAAGAAGCAUAUUGUGGUGAUGUAACUAUAAAAGAACUAUCUACAAGUGUUAAAAUAAUUAUCUUAAGAGAAAAAGAUUUAUUUUCAAAUUUUAAUGAAGCUGAACAACAUGUACAACAAUAUGCUAAGUUUAAGGAAUUCAAGAUAAGACUAGGUCAAAAUACUAUAAUUGAAAUGAAAGAUAAGAAAAUUAUACAAAAAGAACUAUUCUCUGUUGUCACUCUGAAAUGUGUUUACUAUAUAGCAUACUUGUUUAAUAUUGAAAAAAUUGAAAAUAUGUUUACAGAUGAACUGUCUGAAAAUACAAGUCCUCCUGAAUCUACAAGUGGUUCUUUGGUUGAUAUUGAAACUAUAAAUAGCUUAGGCUUGGAAUUAAUACCUUCUUAUAUAAAAUUAUUUUUAAUUGAGCCAAAUGAUGAACAUGAUCUUUAA